GUCAGAAUGAGACCUAACCAACCUAACCUCUCUAGAGUUUUGUUUUUAUUAGUGAUUGUUAUCGGGAUUGUUAGAGAUAUUAACGUAAAAUUCAGUGAAAUAAUAAUGUUUUUAUGAAUUUUGUGAAUUAAAUUGUACCUAAAAUGGGUCUUCUAACAGACCCCCGUAGUGGACAGGGCAAACUAACAAAACUACUGAUCAGAUUUUAUAAGAAGUUCUGUGUCCUUUUGUAUGUGGGAGGAAUUUUUUGGUUUUGUGCAUUAGCUUCGCCUUCCCUUAAUGCUAACACGUAUUUCUCUGAAAAUGCCUUACUCCCCGGCUUAGUUAAAUCCAUGUUCCAAGAAGACAAAGCAGCUAUGAGAUAUUACGAAGAGUUAGUCGAUGAAACAGACAAGUAUGAUAAUUCCAUUCCUUAUCCGUGGCUCUUGGCAAAGUUUUCUCAAAUUGGUUUAGAUGCUUAUACGCAUAAUUUUACUUUAAAGUCUCCUCUGAACCCAAAAGAGAAAUACGUAGGAAAAAAUGUUUAUGGUAUAUUGAGAGCCCCAAGAGCUUCGAGUACUGAAGCAUUGGUUUUAAGUGUACCUUAUAGACCACCAUCCAGUAUAUAUCCACCAACUCUACCAUCUAUUGCUAUAGCCUUAGCUUUUGCCAAAUUUGCAGUUAGAGGGAAGUAUUGGGCCAAAGACAUAAUAUUUCUUGUUACUGAUCAUGAACAGUUGGGUGUACAAGCCUGGUUAGAGGCUUACUAUGGGGUAACUUGUGGCAACGAAGGAACUUUAAUACAUGGCGAUUUAAAAGGCCGGGCUGGUGCUAUUCAAGCCGCCAUAAAUUUGGAACUACAUAGUACCAAAAUUGGAAAUAUUGACAUUAAAAUCGAAAGUCUGAAUGGUCAGUUGCCUAACUUGGACCUAGUCAAUUUAGCCAGUAAAAUAUGUGCCAAAGAGGGUGUUUAUUAUACUUUUAAAGGGAAGGGGAUAAAGUACAUUCGUAAUAUGUACAAAGAGUGGAAAUAUUAUUUUAAGAAUAUGCUGUCAAUGAUUAGCACUCAGUCGACUGGGAUUCCAAAUGGUAACCACGGCCUGUUCUUACGUUUUGGCAUACAAGCCUUAACCUUGGAAGGAUUUGAACAGUCAAAAAAUGGAGCUAGAGUUGGAUUCUUGACUAUCGGCAGAGUAAUUGAAGGGAUAUUUCGGAGCAUGAAUAAUCUACUGGAAAGAUUUCAUCAGAGUUUCUUCUUUUAUCUGUUACCGUCGCCGGAUAGAUAUAUUUCUAUAGGAUUGUACAUGCCUGCAAUAUGUCUUAUUGCGGCCGCUUUGAUAAUAAAAGCUUGUGCAAAAUGGUGUCAGUUACAUGAAACUAAUCAGAAAGAAACUCAGCAGUCGGAAGCUGUAGGUACCAUAGUGGGCAAUACAGUCCCAAACAUAAACUACCUAGGAGUCAUAAUAUUAAGUGUAACUAUGCAUUUAACUGGAGCUUUUCUAACUGCUUUGCCUGAGCUGGUUAUACCACUAGCCAGCAAUUUUGAGGUUAACGUAAGCCAUACAGUGGUACUUUGUUUAUUGGGAGUUAUUUUGAGUACGUUAUUUAUACCGUUUGUAUUGGGACGUUUGAGAAGAUGCUCUGCGAGCAUGGACUUCUUGUGCAUCAUUUCCUUGUUGGAGUUGGGAACAGCAUUAAUAUGUCUAGCUAUGAAUAAUUUCUCGUUAGGGAUAAUUUGUGGAAUACUCAGUGUCCCGUUUGCUCUCUUAAUCCGGCCUACCACUUGCAAGUAUUACAGUGCUAUCCAAAAAUUAUUUUGGUUAAUUGUCCAUCCGGCAACUAUUCUUUUUAUCGUCGUUCUCGUUAACACUAAAUUGAUGUUCAAGCAGGAGGAUGCAAAAGAGGUGCUGUUCAGAGCCGUCGAUGCUACCGAGCAAUCGAUUCUAUACAGUAUUACAGAUUCUAUGAUUUAUGGCAACUGGUUAUACACCGUAGUAACCUCAAUCUUUAUUUCUAAUUGGUUGUGUUUCUGGUGUGUAGCGUGUAGCAGUAUACCAAAGCCUGUAGUGUCCAGUGAGAAGAAGAAUGAUUAGUUUGUAAUACUUUUUAAGAUUUAUAAAUAUAUGUUUUCUUUCUUUA